CAGCCCAAUAAAAAACAUCUAAACCCCAGUUCUCUCUCCCAAUUACAGUCGACCCGAUAAUCCUCAGCUACAGGGCCCUAGAAUUCUAUCGGUCUCUGCGCCCUGCAAGCGUUCGAUAAAAUGCCUCAACGAAGCAAAACAAAAAUUUCGAUAGCAAACUCCUAAAGCCCUUGCGAUUUCAGUCACUUCAUCGUCUUGAAAAGGCGAAAUAGGCUCGCGGUUGCGGUUAUGAUAAAACGAUGCUGGUGAUUUCUCCCGCCAAGUUCACGGAGAGGUGCUUGCUUCGUCCUUGUUCGGCCAAAGGCUUCUUCUGUCAAAGAUCAUCGAGGGUUGGUGGUAUUGUUUCUCCACGACGAAGGUUUGGUUGGUGUUUUCAAAGGAAAAUGUCUCAAGAUCUGAAGAGAUGCAAUGUGGCUUCGGAGACUAAGGAGGGUAUUAUUCUGCCAGCAUCAAGAGAUCAUGUGCAAGAGGCAAUUGAUGCAAUUAAAGCUGAGAAGGUUAUCGCGGUUCCGACCGAUACUCUAUAUGGAUUCUCUUGUGAUGCCUGCUCAGCUCAAGCAGUUAACCAGAUCUAUGAUAUUAAAGGGCGUAAAGUGACAAGUCCUCUUGCAAUAUGUGUUGCUGAUGUGUCAGAUAUACCACGAUUUGCCACUAUUGAUCAUUUACCUCAUGGAUUGCUAGACAGCCUCCUUCCUGGACCUGUGACUGUAGUUCUGAAGCGAGGUGAUUUUAGCAUAUUGGAGAAGUCUCUGAACCCAGGUUUAGAUAGCAUUGGUGUACGAGUUCCAGACUGCGACUUUAUUCGCUCUAUUGCUCGAGGGUCUGGAAGUGCACUGGCUCUCACAAGCGCCAACCUCAGUGGGCAACCUAGCAGUGUUAGCAUCAGAGAUUUUGAGGACCUCUGGCAGUACUGUGCAUACGUUUACGAUGGUGGUCUCCUUCCUUGUGGACGUGCUGGUUCAACGGUUGUGGAUCUUACAAAGCCAAGAACAUAUAAGAUUCUUAGACCGGGAAGUGCAAGAGAAGAAACAAUAGCUGUACUCCAAAGAUUUUCAUUGGAAGAAACUCCUUGAUGAAGAAGUGCAGGUGGUUAAUGCAUGAUAGAGAUGUUACUUGGGAGCAAGGAAGUCGUUGGUAAUGGAGAAGCUUCUCCUGGGGGAAAGUAUAAAAUUGCUUUCAACAAUUGUUUGGUUUAAAAAAAAAUGUUCCCUUUGCAAUUUGAUAUAAAACUUGCUAAAUUAAAUUUGUAAUGCAACAUGAAAACCGAUGUUUAAGUUGAAAAUGGCGGUUCUGUGUGGAAAAAAAAAAAAGUAUUCUUCUUCUA